AUGAGAACAGAAAUAUAUGUUUUUAUUGCAUUCUUUAUCUUGAUGGUUUCAGUUUAAAGCUUGUACCACAAGGAGCUGUUCGUUCUAAAAGCUAAAAGAAUUAAAGAGACUGAAUACUCAUACCCAAGUUAAUUAAAAGACCUUUAAGCAAAUGAUAAAACUCUCACAAUAAACGAUAUCUCAAGAAAAAGAGUUCACGAAAAUUAUACUCUGGUGACUGAGACUUUUGGACAUCCUGAUAAGAAAGUAACUGAAGUUAAAACAUUGAUCAUAAAGUUUGAAGACUUUAUAGUGCCUUUGACUGUUACUGAAAACUAGUGCAUGUUUGUUGUAAGGAGAGGCAGAGAGACCAUUAAUCAUGCAAGAGCUGACAACCUAAAGGUAGGGGAUUCACUUUUACAAUAUAUUAGCUUGAAAAAGCAGACUGAUUUGCCUUAUUACGCAAAAAUUGCUUCAAUUGAAAAGACAAAGACUAAUUACAACUAACUCAUAGGAAUAAAAACAUCAAAUAAAAUGUACAUUGGAGGCACUUUAGUACUCUCAGAUAUGAGUGAUACUUGUACAAAUUUAAGUGAAGUACCCAGGGUCUUCUAAAGGGAUUCAGUAAAUUAACUUUAAUUACAAAAUGUCAAAGUGUUAUGGAACGACUUAAAAACAUUGAUAAAAUAAUAAUUAUAUAUUCUUAAGACCAAUGAUAAUUGA